GAAAUGUCCAGACCGGGAUUUUAUCGGCAGGAGCUGAACAAGACUGUGUGGGAGGUUCCGGAACGAUAUCAGAACCUGACGCCGGUGGGCUCAGGAGCCUAUGGAUCGGUGUGUUCGGCGUAUGAUGUGGUUUUAAGGCAGAAGGUUGCAGUGAAGAAACUGUCCAGGCCUUUUCAGUCUCUGAUCCACAGCCGCCGUUCAUACCGGGAACUCAGGCUGCUCAAGCACAUGAAACACGAGAAUGUAAUAGGGCUGCUGGAUGUCUUCACACCUGCUGCUACAUUAGAAGACUUCAAUGAACUCUACCUGGUGACUAACCUGAUGGGUGCAGACCUCAAUAACAUCGUUAAAUUUCAGAGGUUGUCAGAUGAGCAUGUGCAGUUCUUAAUUUACCAGCUCCUCCGCGGCCUCAAGUACAUCCAUUCAGCAGGAUUGAUCCACAGAGACCUCAAGCCAAGUAAUGUGGCAGUAAAUGAGGACUGCGAGCUGAGGAUUCUUGACUUUGGAUUGGCCAGACAGACAGAUGACGAGAUGACAGGGUAUGUGGCAACUCGCUGGUAUCGUGCGCCGGAAAUCAUGCUGAAUUGGAUGCACUACAAUCAGAAUGUUGAUAUUUGGUCUGUGGGAUGCAUUAUGGGAGAGCUACUGAAGGGAAAAGUCCUUUUUCCGGGCACUGACUAUAUUGACCAGCUGAAGAGAAUCAUGGAGGUGGUUGGGACUCCAACACCUGAGUUGUUAAAGAAGAUCUGCUCUGAACAUGCGCAGAAGUACAUCCAGUCUCUGCCCUUCAUGCCCCAGCAGGACCUGGAAAAGAUCUUUAGAGGAGCAAAUCCACUAGCUGUUGAUUUGUUGAAGCGUAUGCUGGUUCUGGACUGUGAUGGGAGGAUCUCGGCCAGUGAGGCUCUGUCACACCCCUACUUCUCACAGUACCAUGAUCCAGACGACGAGCCAGAGGCCGCGCCUUAUGAUCAAACACUGGAGAGCAAAGACCGAACUCUAGAAGAAUGGAAAGAGUUGGUAUUCGAAGAGGUGAACAGCUUCAAAGCACCCGGCAGCAAGACUGACAGCCUUCAGGUGGAGCAGUAA